AUUUUUGUGUGCAGUGUAAACGGUCGUCCAAACGCGAUGCUUCCCGGGCUCUUGGUACUGGCGGUGAUCUUGUGCUCCGUAACACUGUCCUGGUACUGGAAGCAGCGGUUAAGGUGGGCCGAUCGACUGCCGCGUGCCCGGCCCGUCCAUCGGUGGUUAGGAAAUUUGGGCGAUUUUCUGGGUAAAAGCCCGGGUGAAGUGUUUCUGGUGCUGGAUCAACAUUUCCGGCAGCAUGAUCGUUUGUUUACGCUGCGCUUUGGAUCACAGCUUGCGAUCGGGAUCAGCCAUCCGGAGUUGGUGCAGACCGUGCUGACGCAUCCCGACUGCCAGGCGAAACCGGAUCUUUACAAGGUGGUACGGUUGCCGAACGGGCUGCUGGCGGCCAAAUACGAUGUGUGGAAAGCGCACCGGAAAACGCUCAACUCAACGUUCAACGCCCGCAUACUGGAGAGCUUUGUGCCGAUCUUCAACGACUGUACACAGCGGCUGGUGGGACGUUUAGAUCGUUACGCACAAACAGGCGACCAGUGCAACAUCCUGGAGUACAUCUCGGCCUGUACGCUCGAGAUGAUAAGUCGAACCUCGCUCGGCGGGAAGGUUCUCGAGCGCGACGGAGCAGCCCAAUUUAUCGCCAAUUUAGAGGUCGCACUCAAGACGAUUGGGGUGCGAAUUUUCAACAUUUUCCUGCACAUUGACUUCAUCUACCAGUUGACCGAGCUGUAUCGGAACGAAAUGCGAGCAAUCAACAUUUGCCAGCAGUUUACGCGUAAGAUAAUCCAGGAUAAAAGGAAAGAGAUUGCACGUCUUUUCGACGGAACGAACAACCAGCCGGAACAGGACGCGGCUUCCCAGUACCGAAAGCCGCAGAUUUUCAUCGAUCAACUCAUGAAGAUGCCACUCACCGAUCCGUCUGCACGCCAUUUUUCCGAUGAGGAAAUUUCGGACCACAUCUACACGAUGAUCGUGGCGGGCAAUGAAACAUCUGCUACACAAUUAGCACAUACCUGUUUGCUGCUUGCGAUGCAUCCCGAAGUGCAGGCCAAAGCGUACGAAGAGGUUAGCGGGUUGGUCUUCUCACCCGAUCAGGAGAUCACGAUCGAGCUGAUGAAAGACCUGCACUACGUGGAGUGUGUACUGAAGGAGGCGAUGCGUUUGAUGCCGGUCGCACCGAUCGUUGGACGGCAGAAUUUGGCCGAGAUUGUGCUGGACGGACACCGGAUACCGAAGGGCAGCGUGUUUUUGUUCCACUUCUACGCACUGCAUCGGCGCAAGGAUGUGUGGGGACCGACGGCCGAUGAGUUCGAUCCGGGUCGCUUCCUUGGCGACGGUGGUGAACGGCACCCGUACGCACAUUUACCAUUUAGCGGUGGUCCACGAGGUUGCAUCGGGUAUCGGUACGCUAUGAUGAGUUUGAAGACGCUGCUGGCACAGAUUUUGAGAAGCUACGAGCUAACGACGAACCUUCGCUACGAGGACAUCCGGUACCAGUAUCAGAUUUCGUUAAAUCUUGCCUUUCCGCAUGCGGUGCAGCUACGACGGCGGAAUUGAACCGGGUACUAGCUGUAGUUGUUUAUAUUCUGUAGUGCUACGAACUGUCAUUUGAGCGACAAACCGACUGACAGAUGGGGCGUUAGCUGUAGCGUUAUUAUUAGCGUAUGUGUAGUAGUGUGCAACGAGAGCCGCUUCACCAUAGCAGGCAUGGACCCUGGAAGUUAAUAAAAGUAUAAUUUUCAGUUGCACCGUUUCCGGGAAAACAUCGUCCGCGAACAGUAAUAAAAGGCUUCAAUCAAUUUCAAGUUCAGGAUGCUUUAAAAUGUGUGCAGUUUAUUGUGUGCUCCGUUAGCUGCUAGCGCUUAUGUACACGUCUGUCACGAUCGUCCUGCGCUUCUGAACGGUCGCAUACAAGGAUGUGCAUAGGUCCGGACAGGUUCGGUCCGUCUAACGCGGCUAGACGUUGGCUGACGCACCCACCGACAGCACGGCAGGCCGGUUCGCUGCUAUAAUAAUGGUUUUAGCAGACAAUAACGUGUUCGAAGUGGACUAGUGAUAAUUAGAGUAGUUCCAGUGGUGCUGCACCGUUUCUCGACAGAGUGUGUGUGUGUGUGUUCAGUUUUGCAGUUACCGACCGACCGACCUGACCCGACAGGAGCCCGAGGAUU